AUGGAUGCCCGUGUCGCAGCCGUAGAUUCCGGACGUGAGCAGAGCAAGGGUAUAAACCUCGGUACGAUGUUUGGCAUCGACAGAAUGGGUUGUGAGGAGUGUUCUUUAAUCACAGGCCCGGCAGCUUUCUUUGUCGAUCUACUGUAUAAGCUUAAUAAAAAGGCUAGCCCGACGAUGCUGGACAAACUGUUUAAGCGUCGAGAAGACCUAAAAUACCUUCAGCUUUCUUGCGCCAACACAAAGGCGUUGAAGAACACGGGCAAAGUUGGAUUUAAGCCAUUCGAUGCGAAUAACAAUGUCAUGGGUGUCUUACAGCCGCAAAAUACUGGUCUAGAAGUAUACAGAUCAAUUGUUCAGCCGAUCGUGUCUCCGAUGCAUGUUUUCCCAUAUAAUCAGGGCGUGGAGAGUAUGCGCGCCAUCCUACAGGGUCUCGGAGGCUCUAAAUCCAAACUAUUGUCCAUGUUUCAAUCCUGGUACCGCAUUACCAAUGAAUCGGGGCCAGUGUCGCAGGUUUCGGAAUUUCUUGUUGUGAAUCUACUGUAG